AUGAACGUCCAAAGACAACUCUUAUCAUGGCCCCUCCGGAGCUAUGUCCGUGCGGGAACAUCAAGAAAAGCUAGCCCGUUCCCCAGAUUCCAGCGUCGUUCACUCAUCCCUGCGCCUUCAGCCAAUUCAGGACCUCUCCUAGAUCGCCGGGCUGAUAGAGACCUUCCGAAAAUCGAGUCUGGGUUUAAAUGGAUUCCCACAUUGCCCAUCUUUGCAGUCCUUGUGGGCGCGGCGAUGAUGGGAAUAUUCAACUAUCAGAAAUCUUCCUCGAGUGUUGUGAGCAGCACACUAUACGCACUACGGACAUCCCCACAGGCGCGAGAGAUUCUUGGAGAUGAAAUUUAUUUUGCUCAACAAAUACCGUGGAUAAGCGGGGAAAUGGAUCAGCUCCAUGGUCGCAUUAAUAUAUCAUACUGGGUCAAAGGGACCAAAAGCAAAGGCAAAAUGAGGUUCAAAAGUGUGCGCCCUGAUCGUUUGAGCUAUUUCCAUACUGAGGAAUGGAGCUUGGAGACUGAAGAUGGAAAGGUUGUACAGCUUCUUGCGCCUGAAGAAGACCCCUUUCAAACUGCGUGA